AUGGUGGUUUUACUGUUCUUGCUGCUGGAACUGAUUUCUUACAAUGUAUGUGAGGCUCACAUAGCAAAAUGCAGGCUCCAAGGUCCACACCGUCCACUUCACACGUAUCAUCAGCCAGGAGAGUUUCUCAUUGGUGGCAUUGUUUCCCACGGUGGCUUCAUCUCCUCUCCAGCAACAUUGACUGAGGAACCCCCACCAGCGCUGCCUGAAGAGCUUGUGGUGGUGCCUAAGGGUUACCAGCACAUCGUGGCCUUGGCAUUUGCAGUCAAGGAGAUCAACGAAGACCCUCACAUCUUACCCAAUACCACCUUGGGCUUCCACUUAUAUGACAGCUAUAUCAAUGCAAGGAGCACAUAUCUUGCCACACUGCUGCUUUUAUCCAUGGUGAAGAAAUUUGUCCCUAAUUAUAUAUGUGAUGUUGAAAAUAAUUUGACUGGGGUCAUUGGUGGACUUGAUUCUGAAAUCUCCUUUUAUGUGGCAACCGUUUUGGAUAUCUUUAAGAUUCCGCAGCUCAUUUAUGGCUCUGCUCCAGUGAUGAAUGAGAAAAGCCCAGGGCUUCCCUUCUACCAGUUGGCAGCCCCAGAAGCCCUUCAGUAUGAGGGAAUUCUCUCUUUGCUUCUGCAUUUCAAGUGGACAUGGAUUGGAGUCAUUGCAAUGGACAAUGACAACGGAGAAAGAUUUGUGCAAACUAUUUCCCCAAUAUUUACCAAGAGUGGUGUCUGCUUUGCAUUCCUAGAAAGAAUACCCAAUUUAAGUUUUAUUUCUGAAAUUAAUGGCAUUCUACAACAGGGGGAAAGUAUAAACCAUCAAAUUUUUAGCAGCACAGCUAAUGCAGUAGUUGCCUAUGGAGAAUCUUAUUCCAUGGCAACUUUUAGAUGGCUUCCAUACCUAUCAGAACUUGAUGCCAUGACAUACAAUAUAAAAAGUAAAGUAUGGAUAACAACAGCCCAUGUUGAGUUCACUUCAUUUGUCAUUCAAAAGAACUGGGAUUCAGGAAUAUUCAAUGGUGCUAUAUCCUUUGAAAUUCACUUCAGAAACCCACCAGGAUUUCAUCAGUAUGUUCUGCACAGAAACCCUUCCAGCACAGAUGGGGAUGGUUUUAUCAAGGACUUCUGGCAACAGGCCUUUGGAUGUCUCCAUCACUUUCUGAGAAAUAUAUCAUUUAACAAUACAGCCGGAGAUGUGGUCUUCAUCAAUCAGAAUGGAGAGGCAGCCUCUAGCUUGGAUAUUGUCAAUUGGAUUAUAUUCCCCAACCAAAGUUUGCACAGAGUGAGCAUUGGGAGGAUAGAUCCACAGUCUCCUCCAGAUCAAUUAUUCAUCAUUGAUGAAGAUGCCAUAACAUGGCACAGUUGGUUUAAUCAGACUCAGCCUCUUUCUGUAUGUACUGAGAGAUGUCUUCCAGGAUCCAGCAAGAAAGUGAAGGAGGGACAGCCACCUUGCUGCUACGAUUGCAUCCCAUGUGCAGAGGGGAAGAUUGCAAACCAGGAUGAUAUGAAUGACUGUUAUCAAUGUCCGGACAAAGACUAUCCAAGCAAGAAUCAGGAUGCAUGUCUGCCCAAGGAUAUCAGCUUCUUGUCUUAUGAAGAACCAUUGGGCAUCAGUUUAGCCUGUUUCUCUCUUUCCCUUUCCCUGAUCACAGCUCUGGUACUUGGUACAUUUAUGAAACACCACAACACACCCAUUGUCAUUGCAAACAACCGAAACCUCACCUACACUCUCCUCAUCUCUCUCCUGCUCUGCUUCCUUUGUGCAUUGCUGUUUAUUGGCCGACCAGAGAAGGUGACCUGCCUCCUCCGACAAACAGCUUUUGGCAUAAUCUUCUCAACCACUGUUUCUUGUGUCCUGGCAAAAACUUUAACUGUGGUUUUGGCCUUCAUGGCUACAAAACCAGAAUCCAGGAUGAGGAAAUGGGUGGGGAAAGGACUAGGCCACUCUAUUCUCAUUUCCUGCUCCAUGGUUCAAGCAGGGAUAUGUACUGUGUGGCUGGCAACCUCUCCCCCAUACCCAGAUGUGGACAUGAACUCAAUGACAGAAGUAAUUAUACUAGAAUGUAAUGAGGGGUCUGUGACAAUGUUUUAUUGUGUCCUCAUCUACAUAAGCUGCCUGGCCACUGUAUGUUUUGCUGUGGCUUUCCUCGCCAAGAAGCUACCAGACAGUUUCAACGAAGCCAAGUUCAUCACCUUCAGCAUGUUGGUCUUCUGCAGUGUCUGGUUGUCUUUUAUUCCUUCCUACCUGAGCACCAAGGGAAAAUAUAUGGUCGCUGUGGAGAUCUUCUCCAUCUUAGCCUCCAGUGGUGGGUUGCUGGGCUGCAUCUUUGCCCCCAAAUGUUAUAUAAUCCUUCUGAGGCCUGAGCUGAACAAUCGGGAACAGCUAAUAAGGAGGAAAAAUUAA